AUGUUGCAACGAGAAGCAGCAAGACUUCGCCAAGAGCAGGAAACAAUCGACUCCAUGUCGAAGAAGUUGGAACAUGUUCACUUUUCUUCUACUAUACAACUAAAUGUUGGCGGUCAUCGCUUUACAACAAGUCUUCAAACGCUUACCAAGGAUCCAAAUUCGAUGCUGGCUGCAAUGUUUUCAGGGAAGUUUGAGAUGAAACCUUCUGAAGACGGCACUUUCUUUAUCGACCGAGAUGGAACACACUUCCGGUUUGUACUCAAUUAUCUUCGCACUGGGAAAUUAACCAAAAAAGGAGCAACAUUUCUAGACGAACUUGCGGAGGAAGCUGCGUUCUACCAGAUCCAAGGUAUACUGGACGAUUUGGUGCCUAAAGCUCCGCAGAAUUUCGAAGAAUCAGUAAUUCUGACGACUGAAGAUCAUCGAAGCGCGCCGAGCGAUUGGUUGCCUCAACAAGACGGUAAAUGGCAGCUUCUGAUGCGAGCUUCUCAAGAGGGCUUUCAAGCUAAAACCUUCCAUUCCAAAUGUGACGACAAAGGGCCUACUGUCACCAUCGUGAAGAGCGGAAACAACAUUUUCGGUGGAUUCACUGAAACAUCGUGGAGCAGCAAGUGCAUUAAUUAGUUGUGACAGUUAAUUUAAGGUAUUUUUGGUCACAUUUAGCGGGAUUGAAUUUAGAGUGGAAAGAAACAACGAGAAGUGAAAAGGAAAAUAUAAAGCUGGCUUAAGAUCUUUGCAGAAGAUUUUAAGUUGAGGAAAUCAUAAUGAAAUAUUUAUAGACUUUCAAACCUUUUCAAAUAUUGAUAGUCAAGCAUUGCAAAUUAUAAACAGGAAAUGAACAUAAACAAUAUUUCGUUUAAGACGGUUUUAAAAGGUGGGCUUUAUCUACUUUAACACGUUGUUUCUAUGUUUUAGCUUAAGUAAUAGAAAACAAGUUACAACAAUUUAGUCCUAAAAAGAAGAGGUGUCUAUUUAACGAAAGAGGCUAGACGUCGUUAGCAAAAGUAUAAGGGCCGCUAAAGCCCCUCUCCCCAGGUCCCUGUCCUAGAUUGGACUCUUUCAAAAGCACAUCAGUUUCAAUAUCUAAAAAAAAAAUUCAACCACAUAAUUUCCUUGGAGGAAAUGUUAAAAGGGUCAUGUUACCAAGUGAGACUGGCGCAUUAACACAGCUGGGAUAUCUAAUUGCCCAGUGUCAUGUAGUUACUGCUUGUGUAGUAUCAUGCACUGUCUAAGAUCGUCUAAAUAAUUUCUUAUUUCUGACCGACGACAAAAAGAUUAAAAACCUAUAGCAAGGAAAACUAAUACCCCAUUCACACCAGAGCUUAAACAUGUUUUAAAGUAGUUUGUAAAACAAGGUUUCAAAAGGGUUUUCCUUCACAGAAGCUGCUUUAACCGAUGUUUUUCGGCCUUAACCUCAGCACAUUGCGGGUGUGUAGAGGGGAUGGGAGAGGGAGGAGGGCAGUAGUCGGGAUCAUCGCCGUUUUUUUCGGAUAUGAUGUAAAGCUGGUUUAGAAAUAUAACAGUUGAAUAUUAUUCCAAAAUUUGCAUCAAUAUUAGUUUUGGUUUUUCUUUUCUGAAACAGGUCAGGGUAGCUACGUGCACUGCUCACAGUCAUUCCUAUUCAGCAUGAUGAAUCCGCAAGGAGUGGCUCCGAGUAAAAUUUCUCUUGUAAAAGAUCAGCAGAGUGCCAUUUUCUGUGAUCGCCGCUAUGGGCCAUUAUUUGGAGGAGGGUGUGACUUACAUAUAUCAAAUAACGCAAACACUAGUGGUUCAAGUUACAGUAAUCUCGGCUUCUCGUAUCAGCUUCCCACCUGA